AUGGGACAGUUGGCCACCAAAGAUACCGUGGCGCACACCGCCACACUGCAUCGCCAAAAGGUGACCAAGCGCGAGUACACACGUGCUGAUCUCGACCAGAUGGUUACCUACCUUGUCUCUGAAUCCCGACGUCUCAAGACCCAUCUGCGUGGCCUACAACAGCAGCCCCAAGGCUGGCAGAUGGAAUACGGUGGUCUUGCUCCCAUCGGCACUGAUCAACCAGCGGAAGCCUCGAAACGGCCUGAAAAUGUGACCCAGAAUCGUUACAUCAAUAUCGUCGCCUACGAUCAUUCCCGCGUCACCGUCAAACCCAGUGAGGCUACGAAGAACAACGACUACAUCAACGCCAAUUGGGUUCCGGGCUACAAAGGCGAUAAGGCGUAUAUUGCUUGCCAGGGUCCAGUUCCAGAUGCCUUUGCCGCGUUUUGGCAGAUGAUCUGGGAGCAAGCCGUGGGCCUUAUCGUCAUGAUCACCAACGAGGUGGAAGCCGGCAAGCUCAAGUGUCACCGCUACUGGCCCGACCCCAACUCUGAAUUACGUGUUGGCAACUUUGUUAUCAAAAGCAUCUCCGAGGUGGCUCGCACAAGCUUUAUUGAGCGCCACUUUGAGCUGACCGACCAGACGUCUGGCCAGACCGUGCCCGUUCAGCAAAUGCAGUACAUUCUUUGGCCCGAUCGUUUGUGCAAUGCGGCUGAAGACAUGCACCCCAUGCUACACCCGCGCGACGUGGUCGCGGAAAUGCGAAAAUCCCGCAACUUUCUUGUGCAAACCCUGGUACAAUAUGGGUUUGUGUACUUGGCUUUGUUGGAUGCGAUUGAUCGAGGCCUGGGGCAAGCCAAGCAGGCCAUCAGCUUGCUGGACGAACAGGCUGGUACUGUGCUGCAGACGGAACUCAACGACCUUAACCAAGAGCUGGCCGUCGCCGCAGAGGCUCAAAAGGCCCAUCCCGAAAGCGACAAGGGCCAGCAAGAUAUUGAAAAUUUGCAAAAGCAGACAGAAAACGUCAAGACGCGCGUGACCACCCAAGAACGCAUGCACGCCUUCAUGACAGCUGUGGGCAAGAAAACGGCAUCGGCGAAUCGCGACGAGUUGGUGGCUGACUGGCGUGGCCUCGAAGAGCGCGUCAAGUCUUACAAAGAAGAGGCUGACGCCGGUGAGUUCAACCGCCAAUACUCCACCGCCGUCAAUGCCUGGCAGCCAGACCAAUAUGCAGUCGAAGUCUCGUUGACUCCCCUCGAGUCACGCAAAGCUGCUUUGACAGCACAAGUGGAGGCCAUCAGGCUACGUGGUAAAUCUUACCGGCAACAAAUUGAUGACUUUGAACGUGAGCGCCUCUUGGAUCUGAAGCAGCGUGUCCGCUCUUUGCAAGAAUCCGUGGAUCAUGCUGAGAGCAAUGCGCGCAAGAUUGCGCGUCGCGCUAGCGACGUGCGAGUUGCUGGUCUUGCGGCCGCAACUACAACGUCCCUGACCCAACGCGUGUCCUCCUUGCAAGUGUCCAACGCAUCGUCUGAAGUUGGGGGCCGUGUCGUUCCUACCCCUGUUCCAGCCAAGGCAGGGGGCCCCGUGCCCCUGGAGGUCGAGGCCACCCCCGAGUCAACGCCCGAAGCACCGUUGGGCGAAGAAGGCGAGCUCUCUGAGCCAGCCACCGUAAGCUCUGCCGAGCUGUACGACAACCUGAUUGACAACGUUUGGCAAAAUUCAGCCGACGUGGUACCCGAGGUGGAUGCCAGCGUGCAGGAACAAUCCUUUACCGCACUGCGCAAGGCACCUCCCAAGGCUGCCAAGGCUCAUCCGAUGAUUGCGGCAAUGGCCAAGACAAGUGCCACCAAGUCCCCGUUCAAGUAA